AUGAUUGUACUAUACGAGACAGCUGCUGGUUUUGCCCUCUUUAAAGUAAAAGAUGAAGGAAAAUUGUCUGACGUUGAGAUGGUGAGGCUGAUAGCUUUUGACAAGUUUGAUAACACAUCAGAAGCUCUCGAAGCUGUAGCUAAAUUGCUUGAGGGAACUCCAGGCAAAGGUCUCCGCAAAUUCUUGAAAGCUAACUGUCAAGGUGAAACCUUAGCUGUGGCUGACUCAAAGCUUGGAAAUAUUAUCAAGGAGAAGCUGGUUUUGUAA